GCUUCAAAAUAUUCUGUAGUUAUAGACAUGAAAUAUAUCUCUCUCCUCCUAAGCCUUAAAUGAUAACAUUUUUUUACAAUCUAAACAAAAUGAUUCUGUGCUCUGGCCUAUAUGAAAACUUUCAAAGGAUAACCUCAAAUUUUUCUACAUUAUUUACUUCACAAAUGUUCACAUUAUUAUUGGGUCAUCCAUACAAACUUGAAAGUUAAAAAUAUAUAAAUAAAGAAGUAUAUAUACAUAUCAUUUUCAUCCCAUUAAAACCAUUGAAAAGUUAGUUGCAGGUCAUAAAUUAUUUCCUUAUUUUCAUUGGUGGCUGCUGUUAUUAAACAUUGCAAACUGUGAUUGGCAUGAUAUUAUAAAGGGGUUAUUAUAAGCCCAUAAAGAUGCAUAUUGAUAUUAUAAGUUCCGUACAGAAACAACAAAAACAAUACUUCAUUAAUGUUUACAAAUGUUAAUCAUUUUUAAGAGUUGGGUGAGUGAGUGAGUGAGAUUGAAGCUUCAAAAGAAGAAUAAGAAACUUUGUGAAGAAGCUCUUUGUUUUCUCUCUUUACUACUUCUACCCCACUUUACAUGAACACAUUUAUUCAGAUUCUCUAAACACUUAAUUGGCUUUGGCCUAACCUUUUUUUUUUCCUUUCUUUCUGUCUUUCUUUGCUAUACCAUCAUUAUAUCAAAACAUAAAGAUGAAAGGUUUAGGCAUAGAUAUAUUCUGUGCAUCCCAAGCUUCAACUGCUAUAUGUUUAAGCAUGGAUGAAGCGUCUUCUUCUUCUUCCUCUACCGCCACCAUUCAACUAGGCGGCAAAGCCAUUGACCGCCACAAUCCAAUCAUUAGUGACACCAGAAGAGGUGGUGGUGGUGGUGGUGGUGGUAGAAUUCUUUCUAGUGUCCCUUGCUCUUAUCACCCACCUAUAAAUCCCAAGUCAUAUCAUCAACUCCAAAAGACCAAGAAAAGCUCUUCCAAUGCCUCAAAGACUAAAUCAAGUAGUGCUACAAAUGAACAAGCCAAGAAAAGCAGUCAUUCCUCUAAACAAAAUGAUCAUCAGAAGAGAAAGAGUAGCGCGAAGCUUGAUGAUUACAUCAAAACCAGCUCUUUUACAUCUCCUUCUCCUUCUUCCUCUAUUCACGGUACUGAUGUAGCUAGGAAGAGCAGUGCUCAUAAGGCAGCUGAUUUGGUUACUCCUCCAGGCUCCACUAGAUACCUUUUGAGUGAUGCUGCUUUCCUAGAUGGCUUGACUGACUAUGAUCCUGUUUUGGCAUUAGUCCCACUUGGAAACAAGAAGAAGACUCAGCUAACUCCAGUGAAACAAGAAGAAGAACCCAAUUCUACAACCAAAGACUCUUCCUCUAACCACUCCAAACCACCUUCUUCUGACCAGGUUGUGGUCCUGAGAGUGUCCUUGCAUUGUAGAGGCUGUGAAGGAAAAGUCAGAAAACAUCUAUCUAGAAUGGAAGGAGUGACAUCUUUCAACAUAGACUUUGCAGCAAAGAAGGUGACAGUAGUGGGAGAUGUGACCCCAGUGAGUGUAUUGGCAAGCAUAUCAAAGGUAAAGAAUGCACAGUUUUGGACAGCAUCAUCAAUCUCAUCUGUCACACCAGCAAAUCCAAAUCCAAAUCCUACGUUCAAGCAACAACAACACUAAAAAUAAUCAAAGGCUUUUAAAGGCUAAUCACCUCAGCUUAUCUUUGUUGUAAAUGCAUAAUAUAUCUGUUGAUUAGUAGAAAGUUUAAAGUAGAGUAGGAAAUCACCUAUUGGCUUCUCUCAUUUUCUAGUUAUGCUUUUGAGUUUGGGAUUCUUGUUUAUUAUUCUCAUUAAAAAGAACAUAUAUAUAAUAAUAUAUAUUUGAGUGGAGUCUUUUAAGUAA